CUCAUCCUCGUCCUCCUCUUCUCCUGUCCCUCGCCAAAGUCUGCCUGCACAGGAGUUCCACCCACGGCUGGCUGGCCGCGCAAGUCCAGCACUUCUCGGCAGAGGAUGGAGGAGAAGCAGCACCAGCAGCAGGAUGGGACCUACGACCUCAGCGUGAAGCCUCGCGUGCGACCCGAGAACAUUCACUGCAUCCAGGAGGGCUCCGUCGUGGAAUACCACAGCGCCUCUCAGCGCAGCUGGAUCCCGGCCACGGUGCUGCGCCGGGGCCUGGGCCCCGAGACCUUCGACCUCGACUGCAAGGAAAAGGCGAACACGGCACACGUUUCAGUUCCGCCUCGGAUCCUGCCCCCGGACGUGCCCGGAAGCCCUCCGGAGCUCAGCAGGUGAACAUCACCCGCCUGCGUCCGCCGGCCGACCUGCCGCCCAGCUGCACUCGGGGCUCGGCGCCCGUGCAGCCGGCCGCGCCCGCGCAGAAGGGAAAGGCAAGGCGGAGGCUCUCCGAAGUUCUGUCCGUCCUCUGGGGACUUUCUCGG